AUGGAGACAACCCUGGGGUGGCGCCACUUCCGCUGCAUCCAGGUCCGCAAGGCGGGCAAGAAGGCCACGUUCCUGCUGAUGCAGGCCAGCUGCGACGCGACGGCCCAGCUCUGGGUGAACUCUGACAACCUCAAGGACCGCCAGAGAUGGGCCGCGGGGUGGCUGCAGAUGAGCGAGAUCUUUGGCCAAGGCGAGGGCGCGGUGGGGCAGGGCCAGGUCUGCCGCAGCUGCAGCGGGCUGGGGGUCAAGGUCUGCCUUGCCUGCGAGGGCUCGGGCCAGGCGCGGCUGGUCGUUCUGUAA